CUGCCGCGGGGCUUCGAUGCCAUCCGAGUUCUGCCCUCUCAACUGAACCUUUCACUCGUAUUGAAAUGUGGUCAAACCUUCAGAUGGGACCGACUCGAUCUUGAGCCGUACUCUCCAGAAUGGCGCUUUGUGUUGUUCGAUCGAGUGGUCUGCUUACGCCAAAACGAAGAAUAUAUUUUUUUCCGGACGAUCUUGGCGAACGGGGUUGCCGAAGACUCGGAUUGGACACGGCUGUGGAUCCAGGAUUACUUUCAUCUUCAUGUCGACACUGAGGCUAUUUUCAAUGCAGUCGUAGAUCCGAUUUUCAUCGCUGCUCGUCAGCACUUCGGUGGAGGGAUACGGAUUCUCCGCCAAGACCCAUGGGAAACAUUAAUUUCGUUCAUUUGCUCUCAGAAUAAUAAUAUACCUCGAAUUACAUCCAUGGUGCAUAAACUGUGUCUUCAUUUCUCGCAACCUCUUACUCUGGGACCCGAAGAUGCUGAGUUGAUAAAUCCAUCAAAUCAUCCUUUUCCAAUGCCACAGAGUUUGGCUCAACCUUCGGUGGAGACUGAUUUGCGCAGCCUUGGCUUUGGUUAUCGUGCCAAGUUUAUCCAACAGACGGCAGCCUUACUGUGCAAAAAGCAUGAGGAUCCUCAGAAAUGGCUGCUGAGCCUACGCGAAUGCACUUACGAAAGUGCAAGGGAUGAAUUAAUGCAACUCCCUGGGGUUGGUCCCAAAGUCGCCGACUGUGUUCUGCUCAUGUCAUUGGAUAAGCAUGCGACGGUCCCGAUUGACACACACAUGGUGUCCAUUGCAAUCAAGCACUACAAUUUCCCAGCAGGAAACCGUAUGCGCGGGACCACAAUAUCACCAACAACACGAGGGCAGAUGGCAUCGUUUUUCCAUACGCAGUGGGUCCAUAUGCUGGUUGGGUCCAUGGCGUCCUUUUCACUGCCGAUCUGCCAUUCGUUGUCCCUGCGGCCGUAGAGAACAGGGCUACGGUUUCCCAGCAUCCGGGUAGAAAUCGGAAAAUCAGAAGGCACGGGUCAUUUUCGGAGUUGGUUGUUUUGAGAGGUUCAAGACAACCCCGAGGCGAGGAACGUUGAGAGCCAAGCAUGCAAAUUUUGCAAGUAAUGC